GAGAGGAUGAGGGCGGCUGGAGCCAGGCCCCGGCGCAGGGCCGUGGAUCCAGAACUCGGACGGGAGCUCGGGCCGGCGAUGGCGUGAAGGAGACGCGGCUCAGGGCGAGCGCCAGAGACCAGGGACCACUUUUUUUUUUUCCUUUAGUCUUGGGCUAGGGAAGGGGAAAUAAAAGUCCUUUUGGUUUUCAAGUCCAGGGUUCCCUAGACACUGCUGCCUUUGUGUGUCCAGAGGCGAUUCAGUGGGUUUCCAGAGCAGCGUGCUUUUGUGUUCCAGGGCUGCUGGGCUGGACCGCGUCCUGCUUGCAGAGGGGCCCAGAGCUUGGCUGGGUGCUGCCCUGGGCCGUUGGGGAGAGCUGUGGCGGAGCCCGCUGCCCUGCUCCGGGCACAGCAGCAGGUGCCACCCUCUCUGUGCUGUUGGUGUCCAGCCGCCUCUCAGAGGCGUGGGGUCACUGGGUCCUCACGGCACGCCCUGGACCCGGAGCAGGGUCUGGAAUAGCCACAGCUGAGGAGUGUUUCCUGACGCAGUGUUUCCGGAUGGAGGGACCCCGACCGUCAUGUUAGGGUGAAGCGGAGGAGCUCGGUGCUGAACAUGCUAAGGAGGCUGGACAAGAUCAGGUUCAGAGGUCACAAGAGAGAUGACUUCCUCGAUCUAGCAGAGUCUCCAAACGCCUCGGACACCGAAUGUGGAGACGAAAUACCCCUGAAGAUACCUCGGACCUCGCCCCGGGACAGCGAGGAGCUGAGGGACCCUGCUGGUCCUGGGACACUCAUCAUGGCCACAGGAGUCCAGGACUUUAACCGGACAGAGUUUGAUCGACUGAAUGAGAUCAAAGGUCACCUGGAAAUCGCCUUAUUGGAAAAACACUUCUUACAGGAGGAGCUCCGGAAGCUGCGAGAAGAGACCAACUCGGAGAUGCUGAGGCAGGAGCUGGACCGGGAGCGGCAGCGGAGGAUGGAGCUGGAGCAGAAGGUGCAGGAGGUGCUGAAGGCCAGAACCGAGGAGCAGACGGCUCAGCCGCCGCUGAAGGGGCAGACCCAGGCCACCAACGGAGCAGACCGCCGGAGCCAGGGGCUGUCCUCCCGCGCCCAGAAGUGGUUCUACGAGAAGUUCGGGGUGUACGUGGAGGACUUCCGCUUCCAGCCCGAGGAGAGCACGGUGGAGGCGGAGGAGCCCCUCAGUGCCCGCAGGUUGACUGAGAACAUGAGACGCCUGAAGCGUGGUGCCAAGCCUGUCACUAACUUCGUGAGGAACCUUUCUGCCUUAUCUGACUGGUACUCCGUCUACACGUCGGCCAUCGCCUUCACCGUGUACAUGAACGCCGUGUGGCACGGCUGGGCCAUCCCAUUGUUCCUGUUUUUAGCAAUUCUGCGGUUGUCCCUCAAUUACCUCAUCGCCAGGGGCUGGAGGAUUCAGUGGAGCAUCGUGCCAGAGGUGUCUGAAGCUGUGGAACCUCCCAAGGAGGACCUGACUGUGUCUGAGAAGUUCCAGCUGGUGCUGGACGUUGCCCAGAAAGCCCAGAACCUGUUUGGCAAGAUGGCCGACAUCCUGGAGAAGAUCAAGAACUUGUUCAUGUGGGUGCAGCCGGAGAUCACGCAGAAGCUGUACGUGGCGCUCUGGGCCGCCUUCCUGGCCUCCUGCUUCUUCCCCUACCGCCUGCUGGGGCUCACCGUGGGUCUCUACGCGGGCAUCAAGUUUUUCCUCAUCGAUUUCAUCUUUAAACGCUGCCCGAGACUGCGAGCCAAGUACGACACGCCCUACAUCAUCUGGAAGAGCCUCCCCACGGACCCCCAGCUCAAAGAGCGCUCCAGCGCCGCGGUGUCACGCAGGCUGCAGACGACCUCGUCGCGGAGCUGUGUGUCCAGCGCGCCGGCUGGGCUGGGCAAGGAGGAGGACGCCGGGCGCUUCCACAGCACCAAGAAGGGCAACUUCCACGAAAUCUUCAACCUGACGGAGAACGAGCGGCCGCUGGCGGUGUGCGAGAACGGCUGGCGCUGCUGCCUGAUAAACAGGGACCGCAAGAUGCCCACGGACUACAUCCGCAACGGCGUGCUCUACGUGACGGAGAAUUACUUGUGCUUCGAAAGCUCCAAAUCGGGGUCUUCAAAGAGGAACAAGGUCAUCAAACUGAUGGACAUCACCGACAUCCAGAAGUACAAGGUCCUGUCUGUCCUCCCGGGCUCAGGCAUGGGGAUCGCCGUGUCGACGCCAUCGACCCAGAAACCACUUGUGUUCGGGGCCAUGGUGCACAGAGAUGAGGCCUUCGAGACCAUCUUCAGCCAGUACAUGAAAAUCACGUCCGCAGCAGCGUCCGGUGGUGACAGCUAGUAUUGACUUUCCCGGGACAUUGCUGGAAUUUUUUUUUUUUAAUAAUUUGGUAGUGGAAAAAAAUUGGACAUUCUCAUCUUUUGCAAUAAUUCUCCUCGACCUGUGGUUUUUAUUGUGUUGACCCCUGCGUUUUAUGGACCACGAAGGGCCGGGGCCCUGAGGACGGAGGGUGCCCUGCCCCGGCCGCGCCGAUGGACACGGUGGAUGCGGAGGGCGGAGGAGCCACGGGCCUGCCGGGAGGAGGCGGUGCCGGCCCCGCUCCCCACCUCAGCCCGGAUGGAGAGACCGCGCCGGGCACCCGAGGGCCUCUCGUGACCCCACCUCCCUGCUCUCCAGAGGCCGGAAGCUUUUCCUCCACCAAAGCCAUAGCUGAGGAGCGUUUGUGGUUAGUAAGGUGACAGCGAGGGUGUUGCGGAGGCCCCUUCGCCAGCCACCAAGAAAUGGGCCUGUCACUCUUCCGCCUCCUCCCGCAAGCCCCGCCUGCUGGGGUUGCCCGCAGAGCGCUGGGGCCGGCGCUGCGUCCCUGGCCCAUGCUGUGCCCGCCCUCCGUGGGAGCGUGCGGGCUGGUGGGAGGGGCCCAUCUCCUGCCCCCGCAGAGCUGGGCGUGUUCGCUGGCACCGUCCUCUCGCCAGCCCCGCGGUGCCCCGGUCUAGCCCAGCACCUGCACGGCCGUCGGCCUGUCUUGGCCUCACACCGGCCGGGAGGUCCUCAGUUGGUGACCCGUGACGGUCCAGAGUGGUAAAAGCACAUCUUUUUAACACCUUGCUCUUUGGAAAGGCCCCGGGGGACAUCUAUAAAGGGUUUUGGAGGUACCCGAGCUUCGCUGGCUCUCAGAUGAAAAUGAAGCACAGCCUGGCUGGCACUCGGCCCUCGGGCUGCUGGCACUGGAGUUGGGGGAGGAGGGCAGGUGCGUCCCAAACCCACGGUGGCCCUUGCUGCAGAUGCCCUUCCUGUGUCAGGGAAGCUUGGAGGUCUUCUGCUUUAGGGAGCCACUGUGAGCAGAGCCCAGAGGCUCGGGGCCGGCGCCAGCCUGCACCCCUGGCGUCUGACGGGAUUCCCUGCCCUGGCGCAGGGCAAGCCCGCUCCUUGGUCUGCCGCCCCAGGAAGCCCAAGCCUCCUGCGAACUAGGCUGGUGGCGAAGGCCGGAGGGAGCCUCUCUCAGGCCUGGCUUGUUCUGGGCCGUCUGUGGCGGGUCUGGAGUGAGGGGCAAGGCGGCCUGGCGCUCCGGGACAGGCCUGCGGCCUCGCAGAUGCAGCCCCUGGUCUGCAGCCUCUGGGGCAGGUCACUCCAGUUCCUCCGGCUUGUCCCGAGUCUUUUGGGUGUUGUUGAGAUUGUUUUUUGAAGAAACAGAAGAUUAUAUUUUUUACAGAGAGCAAGCUGUUUUUCUUAUUUUUAUAUCAUUUUUCAGAUGUAAUUUUUACCUUUGCUCCGAUCCUCAUUUGCUGGUUUGGGUGAGAGAUCUGGCGGCUCAAUGACCCCCCUCGCAGGGCCGCAGGGUCACACGCCGGGGCCGGGGGCGCGGGGAGCCCUGCCGACCGGCCGGGUUAAGCACACUUCCCACCCCGACGGUGACGCCCCCGCCGCUCCCGGCUACACGAGGUCAGCGUCGCAGGUCACCGCACGGCAGCCUUUCGUAGGUGACUGCAGAACCCGCUCACCAUGGCUGUGGCCCCUGCCUGGACCGGCUCUCUCAGGUGCGUGGGGCGGGGGGGGGGACAGUGCCCAGGGCAAGGCUGGGUCGGCCCUGACCUGUCCCCAGCAGUGGCUCGGGGUAACACCUGUGGGUGAUGGUCACGCCUCUCUCUGGGCCCCUGGCAAUGCCGAGGGGUGGAUCCUGGGGACCUUGGGGUCAGCGGGUGCCGCUUAGGCGCGCUGGGAUUCUGUCCCGAGCACAGUGAGGCGGGUGCCUGCGGCGGAGCGGGGCUGCUUCCGCCGAGUGGUGGGUGGUUUAGUUCGAGUCCCUUUUGAGGAGAAGGGAGAUGAAAACUGACCACAAGCAGGUGUGGCCGCCGGGCUCCCGGCCAGGGUCCCGAGUGGCACAGUUGGUGGCGGCAGGUCCCCUGGGGAGGGCGCGGAGCAGAGCGCCAACUGCGCGGGCCCUGGACUCCCGGCGGGGAGAAGCUGCAGUUUCACUGAUAUCGUAUAAAUCUGGGCAGAUGUUUAAUUUCUAUGACUAAUCACUGAACUAGAAUGAAUGUUACAUUUUUUACGUCUGAAGCCCGAGUCUAUUUUCGAUCUGUAAAUAAUCAUUACCAGUGUGACUUUUGUUCAAAAAAAAGAUUGUACUGUAUGAAGAACCCAUGAAA